AUUACACAGGUCAGAACGGUUUUGUUGUAUGGAAUACCCAUUGUGUCUCUAUACAUCGAUGGUCUCGAACGAUUGUGUUUGGCUCAAAUUUCUAACAUAUUACUGAAAAAAUUCAGUUAUAAUGAAAUACACAAUAGACGCGUAGCACUGGGGAUAACGUGUGUCCAGUGCACGCCAGUGCAGUUAGAAAUUUUGCGUAGAGCAGGCGCCAUGCCAAUAAGCUCCCGUCGCUGUGGUAUGAUUACUAGACGAGAAGCUGAGCGAUUGUGUAAAAGUUUCAUAGGCGACAACAGCCCCCCUCGACUUCCGAAAGACUUUGCCUUUAAUGUUCAUCACAACUGUGCUUGGGGUUGUCGAGGUUGGUUUAUACCGACCCGCUACAAUUCGUCGAGAGCCAAGUGUAUAAAAUGUCAAUAUUGUAAUAUUUUCUUUUCACCCAAUAAAUUUAUAUUUCAUUCGCACCAAACGGAGUCCUCUGGAAAAUAUAUACAACCCAUUGCGGCUAACUUCAACUCGUGGCGUCGGCAUUUAAUGCUAACUGGGAAGCCAACGGUGGAGCUGGCCUAUAUUUGGGAAGAUGUAAAAGCCAUGUUUAAUGGGGGAACUCGUAAACGCUACUCCCCAACUACAUCAUCACCAAUGGCAAACAGUGGACUGUGUUCUGAGAACAAAAAACAGAACAUUGAUAUUGAAAAUGAUAAAAGGACUGUCGAAAAGCAGUAUAACUGCAGCAAUCUAAGUCCGGCGCCAAUUCCUGGCGAACUUAUAUCCGUAUCGGAAAUAAACGCUAGAAGCACAAAUUUUGUAAAUGACUUUUCUAGUGUUUCAGACUGCAUUCCCAGUGUACAUCCCAACACAACUGUUAACACUGCAUCAGAUGAAAAGAUGCUAAAAUGGAUCUAUGGAGACUCAAAUAUGAAUACGAAAAUAGUGCCAGUGGACUACAUGCUUAUGAUGAACUACAUGUGCCAUUAUGGUUCCAAUAACUCUCAUGUUAUUAAUUAUUCCCGACAAACUAAAAUAAAUGAACCGAUUCGACAGUAUGUGGUACAUAAGAACUACUUCGAGGAAGCCCCGUCUAUUAACGGCGAUGGUAAAAAAAUUGUUUCAAGCAGUUUCUCUAAAAUGUUUUCAGCUUUCAAGCCUAUUAUAAAACCCAAAAAUUCUAUAGAAUCUGUUGAUUCUUCAGCAGUGAAGAGACCAAUGAGUUUUCCAUUGUUCUGUCUAAAUGUUUCAGCUCCCCAGGUUAUUAGCUAUGAUCAACACGACAAAAAUGCUAGCCUAACUGAUUCCGAAAUGUGUGAACCCUCUAUGUGUGAAAAUUCUUCCAGCCAAAGCUACGACGACAUUGCUAACAUCGCAAAGGACGAUGUUGUCAUUGAUAUUGAAAAUUCAGAAGAUGAUAUGACUUCUAUGUGCAAACUUAACAAUAAGUAUACCAAUAAUACACUUAAGACUUACAUUCCAGACAACGCCGAUGUCAACAUUAAUGAUGUUUACAUAGAUGUUGUGGCUUAUAAUAAUGAAGAGGACAGAGUUUAACUAUUUAGGAUGUAAAAUUAAUACUAACAGAAUAAAAACAUAUUGUGAACUUCGCAGCGAAUUCAAAUCGUAUUAUAUAAAUAAACAUAUAUUGAAUAUACAUACAUACUCUUAUUGAUAAUUAUAUUUUUCCCCUACUGUUUUAUAAGUGGUACGUGUAAAAUGCUCUCA